UGUCCAGGCAAGAUGGUAGUCCUGGCGCAAGCCGACGAGAAGCGCCAUACUUCUGCGUAUGCCGUUCCAUUCUUGGAUCUCUUCAAGCACGCGGAUGCAUUCGAUUUUCUUCUCAUCGCCGCAGGCAGCCUGGGAGCCAUUGCCAAUGGACUCGCCAUCCCUGCAAUGAUUCUCACACGGGGUCAUAUCAUCGACAGCUUUGGAAGGCCACAGCUGCAAGCUUCGCAAAUCAAAGACCAGAUAUUUGCGAACGCUCAAGUCUUCGUGUAUAUCGCACUGGGGGCAUGGAUCGCGUCGUACCUAGAGUUGAGUUGCUGGAUGAGAGCUGGAGAGCGCCAAGCCAAAAGGAUCCGGACGGCUUACCUCAGAUCCGUCCUACGGCAGAAUGUAGCUUAUUUUGACACGAAUGUCACCACCGGUGACGUCGUCAACAGCAUCUCCACUGACGCCUUUCUCGUCCAGGAAGCGAUUAGUGAGAAGACGGGGAGCUUUAUCCGAAAUGCGACUCAGUUCCUCGGCUGCUACUUAGUCGGCUUCACCCAGGCGUGGAGGCUCUCACUCGUAGUGCUGCCUUUUACUCCGUUGCUUAUCAUGCCUGGGAUGCUCUACGGGAAAGCGGUAACACGAUUUGAAGUGCGAAAGAAAUCCGCUUACAGCAAAGCAGGCAGCUUGGUGGAGCAAACAGUAGCUUCGAUUCGAACAGUGUUCUCCUUCGUUGCAGAAGACAAGAUUCUCAAAAGUUACUCUCAAUUGCUGGAAGCGACAGUUCACCUGGGAGUGAAGCAGGGAUAUGCGAAAGGCUUGGCACUGGGAUCCGGAGGAAUAGCAUUCGCAAUAUGGUCCUUUAUGACAUGGUAUGGAAGUGUUCUCGUCAUGCGCCGGCAGGCUAACGGUGCUGAGAUUAUUACAACCGGCCUUGCUCUGCUCAACGGUGCAAGGUCGUUGGGAUUUGCUGCUGCGAACAUAAGAACAUUCUCGGAAGGGCGGGUCGCAGCUCACAAAAUAUAUGAAACAAUUGCACGAGUCCCACCAAUUGACGUUGACGAUGAAAAUGGCGAACAGCUCACAAACGUUGCCGGGAAACUGGACUUCAGAAAUGUUCUGCACAGCUAUCCAGCCAGGCCUGGGGUGCAAGUCCUACAAGAAUUGAACUUAAGCAUACCACCAGGAAAAACGAUUGCACUGGUUGGUGGCAGUGGAUCCGGUAAGUCGACGGUAAUAGCACUGUUGGAGCGCUUCUACGAUCCUCUGCAAGGACAAGUUCUUUUAGACGGGUACGACAUCAGGUCCUUGCAGUUGAAAUGGUAUCGUAAGCAAAUUGGACUUGUGAGCCAAGAGCCUGCUUUGUUUGCUACUUCCAUCAAGGAAAAUAUCUUAUACGGAAAGGAAGAUGCUGAUUUCGACGAAAUCCUUGAGGCAUCUAAUGCAGCCAACGCACACAGUUUUAUAAUGCAAUUUCCAAAUGCUUACGACACACAGGUCGGUGAGCGUGGAGCAAAGCUCUCUGGAGGACAGAAGCAAAGAAUUGCUAUUGCGAGAGCACUAGUAAAAAACCCACCUAUAUUACUCCUAGAUGAAGCAACAAGUGCAUUGGAUACGGAAUCAGAAGCAACAGUUCAAGCAGCACUGGACAAAGCAAGCCUGGGACGUACCACAGUGAUUGUCGCUCACAGGUUGUCUACGAUUCAGACUGCCGAUUUGAUUGCUGUCCUGCAUUCCGGAAAAGUCAUCGAGUUAGGAACACACGACGAACUGGUCUCGAAAGGCAAAGAGGGAGCCUACUCAGCACUCCUUUACUUACAAGGCAAACCUGGAAUUGAUACCACGACACCAGAGUCACCUCCAAGUCCCAAAGUAUCUAGCCAACAAGCCAUUCCAGAGCAGCUGAAACAAAAUGACGGAGGAUCAGAUAACUCACCAAAAUCAACUUUGUGGGAUCUAUUGAUAUCUCUUACCCGAGGCAAGCGGACAGACGGAGCACUGGGGUUGGUUGGAGGAGUGGGUUUCGGAUUCGUCCAGCCUUCUUAUUCACUCCUUAUCGGCUCCAUGUUGACAGUCUACUACACGAAAAACCGAGAGGAACUGAAGGAGGCAGUAUCUUUGUGCAGCAUGCUGUUUGCGGCUAUCGCAGCAGCGGCCUUCACCGUUAAUCUCCUGCAACAUUACUGUCUUGCAGUAGUGGGUGAACAUCUUACAAAGCAAGUGAGGGUCAAAAUGCUUACGUCGAUAUUAAGUUUCGAAGUUGGAUGGUUUGAUAAGGACGAGAACAGCAGCGGCAUGAUCUGCUCCCGCCUGGCAACAGAUGCAAACAUGAUUCGGAGUCUCGUCACUGAUCGAGUGUCGUUGCUUGUUCAAACGGCCAGUGCAGUGGCGGUGAGCUUUAUCAUAGUACUUUUUGUCAACUGGAGAAUGGGCCUGCUUGUCAUCGGUAUACAGCCCCUCCUUGUCUUCUGCUACUACGUAAAACUGGUGUUCUUGAAAGGCUUUGCCAAGAAAGCUGCCAAAGCACAAAAUGAGGCUACUCAGAUUGCAACAGAGGCGGUGUCUCAACACAGAACUGUGGCAGCUCUAUCUGCACAAGACAAAGUCGUGAGCUCUAUGAAGACGAUGCUUGAUGCAACAACAAAAGACGCAAAGAAACAGUCCCACAUUGCUGGCUUUGGCCUUGGAGUCGCAAACUUCGUCCUCUAUGCGUCUUGGGCCCUUCAGUUCUGGUAUGGAGGGGUGCUACUGACCCAGGGAAAGGCAACCUUGCAGGACGUUUUCAAGGUGUUCUUCGUGUUCUUGAGCACUGGCCGGGUCUUGGCCGAGGCUCUCAGCUUAGCACCGGACUUGGCCAAAGGAUCUGCAGUCAUCGAGUCAGUGCUUAGCAUUCUAAACAGGAAGACAGAGAUCAACGCGGACGACACGAAUUCUGCCAAAGUUGGCAGAAUCGAAGGAGAGGUGGAACUUUGCAAUGUGGACUUUGCAUACCCAUCGAGACCGGAGAUGAUGGUUUUCAAGAGCUUCAACUUGCGAGUAGAGGCGGGGAAAUCUGUGGCGCUAGUCGGCCAAAGCGGAUCCGGAAAAUCGACAAUCAUAGGACUCAUACAGCGAUUCUACGAUCCCUUGCAAGGCAUGGUGAUGAUCGAUGGAAGGGAUAUAAGAACACUUCACCUGAGAUCACUGAGAAGGCAGCUUGCACUCGUCGGCCAGGAGCCCGUCCUCUUGGCGGCCAGCAUCCGCGACAACAUCGCCUUUGGCCAGGAAUCCUGCAGCGAGCAAGAGAUUAUCCACGCAUCAAGCAUCGCCAAUGCCCACACAUUCAUAAGCUCCUUGCCCGAUGCCUACAACACGGCCGUUGGAGAGCGAGGUGCGCAGCUCUCGGGAGGGCAGCGGCAGCGAAUCGCCAUAGCCAGGGCGAUCCUCCGGAACCCCGCAAUAUUGCUCCUGGACGAGGCCACCAGCGCCCUAGACGCGGAAUCCGAGCGCCUCGUCCAGGAUGCGCUGAGCAAAACGAUCAUCGGCCGGACGACAGUGACGAUCGCGCACAGACUCUCCACGAUCAAGAGCUGUGACAGCAUCGCGGUGAUCCAAUCAGGGCGCGUUGUAGAGAUCGGAUCUCACGAGGAGCUUCUCGGCAGAGGAGAAGAGGGCGCCUACUCGUCCCUCCUUAGGAUGCAGACCUAAAAUUCAUAUCAUUUUUAUAAUUUCUUAAACCUUCGUUUAUGUUUAGUACGAGUCCAGCAAGUGCUAAGUGGUUUACAAAGAAGUUCAAUAUAAAACCUCUUUAUAGACA